AUGCCGAAGGCAGAUCCGCCGGUGGAUGCCAAGGGCAGACAGGCUGCUUCCAGCUCCUCCAGACCCGAGGCAGAAGUUCCCAUGAGCAACUAUGCCUUCUUUGUAAAGUACACAUACUCCAAUGAGUGCGCUUUGCUUGCCUACAACUUCCACGAGCUUGUAUCCAAGCUGGGAAUCUUCGAGAGCUUUGCGUACAGGCACGACCAUCGCCUAAUCAGCGUCACGCUCGCGUACAUUCUAUACCGCUACCAGGUGCACCAUUGCGACAUGGCCUUGGACUUGGCCUUGACGCUGGUGUACUUGGAGGACCUCAGCGGCCAAGUUGAGGCCAAGCCAGAGCUGCGCGAGCGAUGCCGAGAUGCCUUCAAUUUGAUCUGUUACAUGGCGUUUCUUGCACAUGCAUUCAACUCGGACCGACCGAUUCGACUCGCCGACUGGUUCAAAGAGAUCGGCUGGCGAUCCUUCAAGAAUUGUCACCAGUUGAAUGCCUACGUAUUCUUUCUCUUUUCACAAGUCCGUGGAUUCAAACUUCGGGUGAAUGAAAGUCAGGUGAAGAGGUACAUCCAGAAGCUCUGCAGUGUCCCAAGCCAAGCACAGACGGCGUCCUGA